AUGUGAAAAUCUUGAUCAAAAUACAAAAUUAAAUUGAAUUUUUUAUUGAAAAUUAAUAAUAACGAUGGACUUCGAAAGUCCUGAUGUAGAAAAAGACUUCCCAGGCCUAUACGCCUCUGAAAGUGGACGAAAAAGCAACGAAAGUGACUUUAGUGACGGUGGUGAACACGAAAAACCAAGCAAGAAGGAUCUGUUAGGUCGGCGCAAAGAUAAAAAGGAAUCAAAGAAAGACAGAGGUUACGCUGCUUUAGAAGGUGAAAGCUCUCCAGAAGAGGAUACUGACACAAAAAGUCCAUCUAAAACAAAGAAGACAAAAUCAUUCAAGUUUCCAACAAAAAGUAAGGAGAAAAGAGAAAAGUCCAGGGACAAAGAGAAGGUUCUCGAAGAUGCAGUCAAACAGAAAGAGUUGAGUGAAAAGGAGAAGAAAAAGGAAAAAGAGAGAGAAAAGGAAAGGGAAAAGGAGCGGGAACGGGAGAAGAAGGAGAAAGAAAAGCGAGAUAAAUUAAGGGAAAAGGAUAAGGAGAAAGAAGAAAAGGCAAAAUUCAAACUCGAGUCAAAAGAGAAAUUGAAAGAUGACAAGAAAGACAAAGUCAAAGAUAAAGAUAAGGAAAAGGUUAAAGAAAAAGAUAAAGAAAAGGUGAAAGAAAAAGAAAAGGAGAAGGUGAAAGAAAAAGAUAAAGACAAAAAAGAUAAGAAACUUAUUAAGAUGCCGUCUACCGUCACUUCGGGAGUGCCCUUUGAGGAAAUAUUUACUCUUGGAGUGGCUUUGCCAAUAUUCGGAGUGCCACUGCAGCAGUCGGUGGAGCGCUCGCGAUGCCACGACGACACCGCGUUACCUCUGGUAGUACGUGACAGCAUUGACUACUUACAAGCGCACGGUCUAAAGUCCAACCAAAUAUACCGCACGGAGCCGGAUAAGAUCAAGCUGCAGCAACUCCGCAAGCUGUUCACUGAUCGCGGUCCCACCUUCCCCUACCACUGGGAUGUGCCCGUCGCUUGUGCUAUGUUGAAGAGUUUCAUCAGUGAGCUCCCAGACUCGAUUCUAACACAAGAACUCCACGGUCAGUUCGAGCAGGCCACAGCGAUAGCAGAGCCGCAAAGGGAAGCCACCAUGGUGGCGCUAAUCAGCAGACUGCCCGCCUGCAACCACAGCCUACUGGGCUGGCUCAUGAGGCACUUUGAAAGCGUUGUGGCCAACGAACAGGUAAACCACGCGAACAUACAAACUAUAGCCACAGCGAUGGGCCCGGCGCUUAACAUGUCGCUCAAUCUGCUCACAUACUUCAUCACCAAAGCCGACAAGCUCUUCCCCGAAGUCCGUCUGACUAAGUAUGUGCCACCUCUUCUAUCGAUUCCCAAUGAUUUCCCCGAAACCGCGAACGAAAUCAGCGAAGAGUUACGCAAACAAGAGUCCUUGCUGAGCCAAAUACACGCGGAGAUGCAUGCCGGUUUUAUUACUGCUGCUAGGGACCAGCAAUUAUGGGAGGCGCAACGCAUCGUCACACAACUGAAGAGGAAGCUUCGAUCGGUUCAAAAAUCUGUUGAACCUAACGCAGUGCCCACAUCCAAUCAACCGCUUCCACAACCUACUGACGAAAAACAGGACGACGAAUUAAGUCGACGAAACUCACAACCCAUCGACGUACCAUCAAAACCCAUUGAACUAGCAACUAAUAAUACCAGUGUAGUCAGCAAUACUAGUAUUGUUAGUAAUACUAGUAUUGUCAGUAAUACCAGUGCAGCUCCAAUAGAAACAGAUAUACCCUUAGCAGUAAAUGAACCAUUCCAAGAAAUUAAAGAAUCGCCAAGUACAGACCUAACAUUCCCUGUAGAAUUCGAAGACAAUUUCGACUUUAAUCUCACUGAAACUAAAGACGAAACAGAUAACCCAGAGAAAGUUGUAGAGAAACCGAAAUUCACCGAAAAAGAACUCAAAGUUUUAAGACUACAAUUGGAGAAUGCCGAGUAUUUGCAAUUAAAAUCGCUGCUUCAAGCAAAAAUCAAUUCGGAGCAAUUCGAAAUAGUUAAACUAAGAAGUCAUGUGGCGUUAAAAAAUAAACAAGAAGGUAAUAUUCAAUGUAAGGAAAAUAAAGAGAACUUUACGCCCGAGGAACAGGAGUUGAAACAGAAGUUGUUGAAAGAAAACGCGAUGCUCGAGCAGAAGAGACUGAAUUUAGUCAAUCAGAUCUUUCAAGAGCGGGUAGCAUGUAUUCAGCUAAAAAUUGAGCUGGCAAUGAAAGAAAUUAUGUCGAAGUCUUGAAUAGAACAUUGUUCCUUAACCUUUCUACCAUAGAAUAUUGAAUGCCGAGUAUUUGCAAUUAAAAUCGUUGCUUCAAGCGGAAAUAAAUUCGGAAUAACUCAAGAUAGUUAAACUAAGAAGCAAUGUGGCAAAAAAUUAAGCAAGAAGUUUACUUAUGGAGGGUAGAGGUAUAGCACGAUCUCUUGUGGGGGAAAAAUU